UCCUCCCUCUACCUGCCCACUGCCUUCCUCCUGCUGAGCCAGCGGUUCUGCCGCCGUUGGGCCGAAGAGCUGCUUCUCCUGCUGCAACCCCUUUCCGUCCUCACCUUCCAACUGGACCUGCUCUUCGAACACCGCCACAUGCCCGUCCGGCCAAUGAUCCCGCGAAGCACCCCGUCUCCCGAACCGGAGUCCGGUCGUUGGGAGAGGCCCUGUUUGAGCGCGCCGGAAUUAUCCGGACCUCCGGUUCCUUUGGAUGGUUUGGAAGAUGGCUUCAUGGCUCCAGCCAGCCCCUUUCAGGAAUGGCUUCUGCCCCAGAGAUUCCUGGGCUGGAAAGAACGGCUGGCCAGCACCCUCCGUGGGAAUGGGAGAACAGCUUGGGCCCAACCGGGGCAAGAGGAGAGCCCAGCCCAGCCGACGGGCGGGUGGAAGCCCCAGUGGACCAAGCUAUGGGUCGCCAUGAAGGAGAACUCCUCCGCUGCAGGGAGCCUUCCCAAGCCAGCCAUGGGUACCCCUGAGGCAGGAGAAGUCUACCUGGAAGGAAGCCCAGCGGGCGAGGAGAAAUCGGAGGCUGGAAACGGGAACGAAAGGUGGCUGGGCUGGCUGUUUGGAGCCAAUUCUUCUGGGACGCUGAGCGAGAUGGAUUUGGAUCUAGCCCGGUCCAGGUAG